AUGCAGCACUAUUUUCGGCAACAGAACAAAAGAAUCCUUGACAUCAUUUUGAAAGCCCUCCUUAUCUCACCUCAGGCCAUAAUUGCUAUUGAUGACAUCGGUUUGUCCCUGGAUUGUGUCACCUAUAACACGCUUUCAGGUAAUCCAAAAAGGUCAACAUUUCAUCGGUGUCCAUUUGGCUACUUUUCAUGUGGAGAUGGUCAGUGCAUAUUAUGGAAAAAGCGCUGUGAUUUUACAAAGGACUGCCCAAAUGGCAUUGAUGAAAAUUUAUGCCCUGCUAAAUGUGACUUUGAAAGCGAUGAUUGUGGUUGGCGCGAGAUACGUUACUUUGAUUCCUUUGACUGGGUUAGAAGCUCAUCGAGGAGCUUGACACCUGAGUAUCUCUCCCAAGCCCCACCACAGGACCAUACCACUAAUUCAAUGCAAGGUCAUUUCAUGUUUAUUCAGCGGAAGGAUAGGAACUACACUCAGACUGCAGAACUGCGGAGUCCGAGGUUCAGUCAGGCAGGACAAGGCUGCUCCGUGACCUUCUGGUAUUACAACUAUGGAUCAUCGGUGGGAAUGGCAGAGAUCCUUUUACAUGUAGAUAAUGAGCGUGUGCCCACUGUGCUCUGGAGCACUUACUUCAGCCAAGGGAACCAGUGGUUAAAGGGAUUCAUUCAGCUUGAUCGCUUGUCCCAUCCUUUCCAAUUGUCAGUGAAUAAACGCAACGUGGGCUACUAUGAAGGUGUCUCAGCCUUUGAUGAUAUUGUGUUUGAAAACUGUUCUCUUCCUACUGCUGACCCAAGCUGUAGAGAACCCGAGCGCUUCUGGUGUAAAGAUACUAAGGCUUGUAUAAGCAAUUUACUGCUGUGUGAUCUCAUUGACGACUGUGGAGAUGGAUCGGAUGAGAUGAAUUGCACUUCGGAAUUACAGUGCAACUUCGAAGAAGGAUUAUGUAACUGGACGCAAGACACUGAUACUGAUGACUUUGAUUGGACUAGACAUCAAGGCCAGACACCAACUACUGACACAGGACCCAUGAAAGACCAUACCCUGGGAACAGCCAAAGGGCAUUACCUCUACAUUGAGACAUCAGAACCUCAGCUGUACCGAAAUCAAGCCAUUCUACUAAGCCCUGAAAUAGAUGCUACAGUUAAUAACAAGAAUAAAUCUUGUAUUUUCCGCUUCCAUUACCACAUGCUUGGAAGGCAAAUUUAUUCCUUGGCAGUCUAUAAAAGGACCAUUAGGAACACUAGAGGCCAAUUACUGUGGCAAUCGUUUGGAAAUAAAGGAACCCGUUGGUUAAAGAAAAUACUCUACAUAAACAGUUCUCUGCCAUUCCAGAUAUUAAUUGUAGGCAUGGUAGGUGAUGGAUACACCGGGGACAUUGCAAUUGACGACAUUUCCUUCUUUAACUGUACUUUGUAUCGAGGUACUUUGCCAACCUGGUCACCAAUUCCCUUAGAAACGCCUACUAAGGCAACGCUUCCAGUCCACUACUGCUCAGAGGAUGAACAUGUCUGCAGGUCAACAGGACAUUGUAUACCAGUCACAAAGCGGUGUGACUUCAGAGAAGACUGUCCAGAUGGGUCUGAUGAGCACAACUGUGUUUCAGAAUAUUGUGACUUUGAAAACGGGAGUUUAUGCAAUUGGCUUCAGCCGGAGGCAAGUUCUUUUCGUUGGGACACGGCAUUCCAGUGGUCUGUCGGUCAAGGCAUUGCCAUUGUUCCUGGGGAAGAGAACCAUAGGCCUCUCGAUGACCAUACCACGUCUACAGAAGAAGGCUGGUAUUUGUAUGCAGACAGCUCAAAUGGAAAGUUUGGCCAUACAGCUCAUGUCAUGACUCCUCUUAUAUCCCAUACUGGACCCAAGUGCAAGCUGACAUUCUGGACCCAUAUGAAUGGAGCGACUGUGGGAUCAUUAGAGGUUCUUAUUAGACUUGUCAAUGUGACGUAUGAAGUUUGGUUUCAGACUGGAAAACAAGGAGCGAAGUGGAGGAGAGCUGAAGUUUACUUGGGGAAACUGUCUAACUUUCAGAUUGUCCUUCGUGCUAAACGUGGUGUGAGUUACAUAGGAGAUGUUUGCGUGGAUGAUAUAGCUUUCGAAGACUGCGCACCAGUGCUGGUAGAUGACAAGCAGUGCACAUCAGAGGAGUUCAUGUGUUCCAAUAAAUACUGUAUUCCCAAGAAUAACAUGUGUGACUUUGUUAAUGACUGCUCGGAUAACUCGGAUGAGGACCCCUACUUAUGUGGCUCCUAUCUUGGACAUUGUAAUUUCGAAUUUGAUCUUUGUGAUUGGAAGCAGAGUCAGAGCGAUAAUUUUGACUGGAGCAUGAGAGCUGGGAGCACUCCUACUGUUGGCACUGGUCCAGUGACUGAUCACACUUCAAAGAACCCAUCUGGGUUCUAUAUUUUCAUAGAAGCAUCUUUUCCACAUUUACCAGGCCAGGUCGCUAAGCUUUCAGGACCACCAAUAAGCAAAUGGAGCAGAAAUUGCACGAUCAUCUUUUACUUCCACAUGUAUGGAGAGGGCAUCGGAUCACUGACCAUGUAUCAGGUAACAGUGAGCGGACAUGAAAAUCUACUUUUAAAUAUGACUGGAGAUCAGGGGAAUUUCUGGCAGAGAAAGGAGCUAUCACUUCAUGAUCUGGGAGAAGAUUUCUACAUUACGUUUGAAGGGAAAGUUGGAAAAGAUCAAAGAGGAGAUAUAGCUCUGGAUGACAUUGUUCUCUCAAAUGAGUGUUUUCCAUCUUCUGCAUUUAUCCCACAGCCUCUCAGAAAAGGUAAGACUUUACCCCCCACCUAUAACUGCCCAGUGGGAUUUCUUAAAUGCAAAAAUAAAAAGUGCAUCACCUCUGAAAAGUUAUGUGACUUUGUCGAUGACUGUGGGGAUAAUACAGAGGAAAUACAGUGUGGCACAUCAUGCACAUUUGAAAAUGGUGCAUGCGGGUGGAAAAACUCUGUGGCUGACAGUUUUGACUGGAUUUUGGGAGGGCAUUCAUCUAAGUCUCUGAGACCUCCCAUAGACCAUACACUUGGAAAUGAAAAUGGUCACUUUUUGUAUCUCGAGACAUCAUAUGUUGGUCUACGUGGUGAAAAAGCUCAUAUGAAAAGCUCCAAGUGGAAGGAGUCGGCGAGGACUUGUAUGCUGAGAUUUUGGUACUACAUGUCACCAAAAGCUACUGGAAUAAUACGAGUUCUUAUAAAGACAGAAAAUAACCUAAUGAAAGUAUGGGGAGAAUCCGAGAAUCAAGAUGGGUAUUGGAAUAAAGUGGAAAUUCGCUUGGGAAAGCUGAGACACUUUGAAGUCAUAUUUGAAGGCAUACGGACGCGAGACUUUGGCGGAGGAGCGGCCAUUGAUGACAUUGAGUUUUUAAACUGUUCACCGUUUGGAGCGGAGCCUGGAAAAUGCCCAGAAAAUACUGAUUUUAUAUGCAAAAACAAAAAAUGUAUUGAAUCCCACUUAGUCUGUGACUACAAGCCUGACUGUGGGGACUCUUCGGAUGAAGCUUACUGCAGUGAGUACACCAAUGUCCCUGGGAGCUGUAAUUUUGAGCAUGCAGACAAGAUCAGUUUUGGAUGUGAUCUCUCUCAAGACAUUGCAAAUGAUUUCUGGUGGGCCGUACGACGCAAAGUCAACAAAUAUCUAAAUACAGACCACACUCCAGGUACAGGAAGAUUCUUUCUCUAUGCCAAUGCAGUCAGACAGAAAGAUGGCGACACUGCACGGAUAUUUACAACCAAAGCUUUUCCUGCCACCACUGAGAAGUGCAGAGUCCGGUUUUGGUAUUAUCUAUUUGGACCUCCACAGUCCGGGAUGUUAAAGGUAUAUAUAGUCACUGAAUACGGGUUGAAUAUCCAUCUGUGGUCAGCGGUCGAGAGCAUGGAGCAAAGGUGGAUGUACGGCACUGUCAUUCUGGCUAGCAACAGUCCAUUUCGGGUGGCCUUUGAAGCUCAAGUAGGGGGCAACCAAGAUGUUGACAUUGCUUUGGAUGAUAUAUCAUUUACAUUGGACUGCCAAGUAGAAGGUCCAUUGAUACCACUACCUUCCUGUCAUCAGGAUUUGUUCACCUGUAUGUAUAAAAAGGAAUGUCUCCCCUUAUCAGCAAAAUGUAAUGGAGUAGAAGAAUGCACGGAUGGUACAGAUGAGAUCCUCUGCCCUACUUCAUCUCCUAUCACCAGCCCCGAAACGCGCUGCAGAGUUACUGAGUUCCACUGCUUUGAUAAAUGCAUCCCAUUGAUCAUGCGGUGCGAUGGGGUGACAGAUUGCCGUCUUGGGGAAGAUGAAAAGACCUGCAAUUCAAUAAUGGCUGAAAAUGGCUCCGUGAUGUGCCUUCCCUCGAACACCUGGGUGCCUUUUGAAAAACGUUGUGACAGAGUAGAAGACUGCAGUGAUCUCAUUGAUGAGUCUGGAUGUUCAGAAUGUCCAAAAGCAUACUGCAAAAAUGGAGGAAAAUGUUUACUAAACAAUGAAGUACCUACUGUCAAAGAGGGCCCAAGGAAAGCUACCACAAAGACCAGGGGCAAAGAGUGUGCUGUAUGCAGGAAAAAGCUCGCCCCUUCCUGGUCUAAGUUAUUAUGUCAGCAUUGUGUCAAUAAGGUGGUAGAAGAGGAAUCCACAUCUCUGCUUCAGAGCAUUAAGGAUAUUGUCAAAUCUGAAGUUUAUGAUUCUAUGAAAAUGUUUAAGAAGUGCCUCCCUUCCUCAGCCUCUGGCAAACAGGGUCACUCUGCCAUGGUAUCUGAUUCAGAUUCUUAA